AUGUGGAUCCAGGUGCGCACGAUCGACGGCUCGCAGACGCGCACCGUCGAGGACGUGUCCCGCAAUGCCACCAUCGAGGAGCUGCGCGAGCGCGUGUGGGCGCUGUUCGAGGUGCGGCCCGAGUGCCAGCGCCUCUUCUACCGGGGCAAGCAGUUGGAAAAUGGAUACACUUUAUUUGACUAUGAUGUGGGGCUGAAUGAUAUAAUUCAACUACUGGUUCGCCCCGACUCAGAUCUUCCUAGUACAUCUAAAGAGACUGAUGCACAGGUCAAACCCCCUGCUAAUACCCCACCUAAAGUCAAGAAGACCUCAAGGGUGAGAUCAUCCACUCAGCCAUCGACGUCAGCUCGUGCAUUUCUUAUUGAUCCUGGCAUUGGACUGUAUAAGGUCAAUGAAUUGGUGGAUGCCAGAGAUGUCAGCCUUGGUGCUUGGUUUGAGGCACAUAUACGUAGCGUCACUAGAGCUUCUGAAAAACAUGCACGUGGCAAAACUCCACUGAAGAACAACAUUUCUUACAAAAGGACUCGUGGACAUGUAAAUCACAGUUCCAAAGAGAACACAAACACAUUGGACGGUGUACCCUCUACAUCUAAUUCAGACUCUGUUGCUGCUGCUGAAGACGUUAUUUAUCAUAUCGAGUAUGAUGAAUAUCCAGAAAGUGGAACCGUAGAAAUGGACGUCAAGAAUCUUCGCCCACGAGCCAGAACCAUUUUGAAAUGGAAUGAACUAAAUGUUGGUGAUGUGGUCUUGGUUAAUUACAAUGUGGAAAAUCCUGGUGAAAGAGGAUUUUGGUUUGAUGCCGAAAUAACCACAUUGGAGACAAUUUCAAGAACCAAAAAAGAACUUCGUGCAAAAGUUUUCCUGGGGGGUUCAGAAGGAACAUUAAAUGACUGUAGGAUAAUAUUCACAGAUGAAAUCUUCAAGAUCGAGAAACCUGGAGCCCAUCCACUCUCAUUUGCAGAUGGAAAGUUUUUAAGGAAGAAUGACCCCGACUGUGACCUGUGCGGUGGAGACCCAGAUAAGAAAUGCCGUUCUUGUUCCUGCCAUAUAUGUGGCGGGAAACAGGAGCCCAGCAUGCAGGUUCUGUGCGAUGAGUGUAACUUGGCCUUUCACAUCUACUGUCUGGACCCACCUCUGGAUAAGAUCCCAGAAGAGGAGUACUGGUAUUGUCCUUCUUGUAAAACUGAUUCCAGUGAAGUUGUGAAAGCUGGUGAAAAACUUAAGAUGAGUAAAAAGAAAGCAAAGAUGCCAUCGGCCACUGGAAGCGGGAGAGACUGGGGCCGGGGAAUGGCCUGUGUUGGUCGUACCAGAGAAUGUACUAUUGUCCCUUCUAACCACUAUGGACCUAUUCCUGGGAUUCCUGUUGGAUCAACGUGGAGAUUUAGAGUUCAGGUGAGCGAAGCAGGUGUUCAUAGGCCCCAUGUUGGUGGAAUCCACGGUCGCAGCAAUGACGGAGCUUACUCCCUGGUUCUGGCUGGUGGAUUUGCAGAUGAAGUAGACCGAGGUGAUGAGUUCACAUACACGGGAAGUGGAGGUAAAAACCUUGCUGGUAAUAAAAGAAUUGGUGCCCCAUCGGCUGACCAGACGCUGACAAACAUGAACAGGGCAUUGGCCCUAAACUGUGAUGCCCCAUUGGAUGAUAAAAUUGGAGCAGAGUCUCGGAACUGGAGAGCUGGUAAGCCGGUCAGAGUGAUCCGCAGUUUUAAAGGGAGGAAGAUCAGCAAAUAUGCUCCUGAAGAAGGCAACAGAUACGAUGGCAUUUACAAGGUGGUGAAAUACUGGCCAGAGAUUUCAUCGAGCCAUGGAUUCUUGGUCUGGCGCUAUCUUUUAAGAAGAGAUGAUGUUGAGCCCGCUCCUUGGACCUCAGAAGGAAUGGAACGGUCAAAGAGAUUGUGCCUACGUUUACAGUAUCCGGCAGGCUAUCCUUCAGACAAGGACGCCAAGAAGACGAAAGGACAGUCCAAGAAACAGGGUGGAGAAGCCUCAAAAAGGGCUUGUUCCGAUGAUGAGUGUCCAAGUGCCUCCAAAGUGGUCAGAAUGUCCGACUCGGCAGAAGCUGUGGAGGCGUUCCAGCUCACUCCCCAGCAGCAGCACUUCAUCCGAGAAGAUCGCCACAACCAGAAGCUGUGGGACGAAGUGCUCGCCUCGCUCGUGGAAGGCCCGAAUUUUCUGAAGAAAUUGGAGCAAUCUUUUAUGUGUGUGUGUUGUCAGGAGCUGGUCUACCAGCCUGUAACAACGGAGUGCCUCCACAAUGUCUGUAAAGAUUGCUUGCAGCGCUCCUUUAAGGCUCAGGUGUUCUCCUGUCCGGCUUGCCGACGUGACCUCGGUCAGAACUACGUCAUGACUCCCAAUGAGAACCUCCAGACUCUGCUCGACCUUUUCUUCCCUGGCUACAGCAAAGGGCGGUGA